UGCAAUACGAGACGAUCCCUGGACGGGUCCAUCUUAUGCAAAGCGAUGACGGUGCAAACGUGAUGAAACUGCGCCCCCAUGGCUGCCACCGCCGCUCAAGAAACCGGAGCCGGAUGUGAGGUUUAAAAUACAGCAGCUCCAGGACCGCGUUGGAUGCCUGGUUGAUACAGAGAUGAGUGGUGAGAACGUGAAGUUGUUUGUGGGGAACCUUCCUUUAGAUGCGACUCACGACGAGCUGAACAAGCUCUUUGCUCCGUAUGGAGAGAUCAACACCUGCUCUCUGCUCAGACAGUAUGCCUUCGUUACCCUGAAGGGAGAGGGGGCAGCAGACAGGGCCAUACGGCAUCUUGAUGGCAAAGAGUACAGAGGCAGACCCCUGGUGGUCGAGGAGUCGCGUGCACGCCCACCCAACUCCACCAAAGUGUUUGUGGGGAACCUUGCGGCAACAUGUUCAGCAGAUGACCUGCACGGGCUGUUCUCAACCUUUGGAAGAGUUUUAGACUGUGAUAAAGUCAAGGCCAGAUUAUGCUCAAAUGUUGGCUAUGCAUUUGUGCAUAUGGAGAGGAAGGAGGAUGCCCUGGUAGCUAUUGACGCACUCAACGGGACCAUGUUCAAGGGCCGUCAGUUGGCCGUAGAGCUGUCCAAAGCUCAACCUUUGAUCAACCAGAUUGCAGGGGCUGGAAAUUCCCCAGGUGGUGCAGCAGCAGGUGGCAGGGAGGGUCUUCUUCCGCGACCUCCUCCAUCACUAGAGCAUCAUCAGAGUCAAGCAGCUGUGUUAGCAGCGGCCGCAGCAGCUGCAGCUGGACUACCCAUACAAGUUCAACAAAGCGUUCAUAACUCAUUCUACAACACAACAUCCUUUGACCCCACCUACGCUGCUUUGAAGGGCAUUACAAGUGCUAAAGGUGCAGAUGGGGUAAUAUACGGAGCUCUUGCCAGCCAGGUUUAUGGAUCCGUUGCUGACCAGGUAUACCAAGAUAUGGCCAAUCACACUUCUGCUGCUGCCGUUGCCCCUGAAGAAGUAGAGCCACCAAGCGGACCAGAUCCAACAACACUUUUUGAGGCAGCAAGAGCCAAGUUCUUUCAAGAAGGACAGAAGGUUCUGGCAGAGCAGCAAGCAGGGAGGAAGGCAGCGGCUGCAGACAACGAGCGGGACCGCAGCCCAAUCCGAGGAAAUCGAGCCCCCCUCCUACCCGACCCUGUUCCGGGUUCCUUUGCUCAGAUACGACCCAAGCGCCGCGCCCUGCUGCCAACACCACCUGGAGGACCUGAAGAGCCCCCAGCUGCCACCACCACUCCAGAAGGGUCAGAUCCCGUAGCUAGGUCUUACACAGAGUACUACCAGCAAAUGCAUCAAUACCAACAGUAUCAACAGUACCAGCAACAGUACCAGUACCUCCAGUAUGCCUACACCAAUCCCCCUCCUCCUCCGCCACCUCCUCCACCUCCACCGGCCAGUACACAGCCCCAGGCCUCCACCACAGCCACUGCACCCCCAGGGACGUACACAGCGCCCCCAACGUACGCAGCACCGGGAGCUUACCCACCGCCAGGAACAUACGACACUUCGGGGAGUUACAACGCCUCAUCAGGGAGCUACAACGCUUCAUCUGGGAACUACGAUGCCUCGUCAGGAAGCUAUGACGCAUCUGCGGGCUACGGGGCACCAGGAGCAUAUGAUUCAUCAGGAGCUUAUGCAGCAGCGGGAAGCUACUCCACAUCCACACCGUAUGAGCAGACACCCGCACACGGGCAACCCAUGCCCCAGCGCCAUGAUUACCCUUACCACACGCCAGAACCCCCUUAUCGAUAGUCCUACCCCCACAUACUCCCUCCACACUGCAGAUGUGUGUGUGUGUGCGCGUGUGUUUGUGUGUGUGCAUGUGUAUUUACAUAAGGGACAGUUUAAAGAGGAAAACCAGAGAGGGAGCAAAGGUUGUAAUUCGAAUGUUAUUCAAAUCUGCAUCUCCUAUUUUCUCCAUCGUAACCUAGUCUCUUACUAGCUUGCCUGGGAGUCGAUGGCAUUGUGGCUCGGUGAGACGGCUAAUAUUGAAAUGCUGUCAAGCGUUCAGUUUCUGUUUGAUGUCAUAGACACACAGCUGGUUCCUUGUUGUUAAAGAAGCAUAAAUGUUUCUUUGGAAAACGCUGGGCUCAGAGGCCGGGGUAGAAUCUCAUAGGAGAGGCUUUUUGUUCGUUCUGAAUCAAGGUCUUUUACAUACUCUGCAUAAAAUGUGCACCAAAAAGUGGCUCCUGGAAAAACUGUAAAGGAAAUAAGCAGUCCAAAAUUCAUGCAUCAUCACACGUUUCAAGUAGGGUGCAAAGGGAAAUCACUGAGAAAUAAUUAAAUAACAGUUAUACUGCAUUUAAACAGAUGAACCAGCGCCCUGGCAAAAAGAGAAUAUUAUCCAUCUGGCUAUGUGGCCUCUUUACAAGAUGCAUCUAACUUGCAGCCUUCUUUUAAAUACUUGUCUGUCAGAGAUCUGUAUUUUUCCAUAAAUUUAGAAAUAAAUAUCCAAACCCACACACUUGUGUUGGCGUAGAAACACCUUGUGUGGAGUACGUAACAGGCCUCUGAAUUCAGCUGCAUUGACCCUUUUGUAAUACGCAGUCUGACGGUCAAGGCAUUUAACUGCGUGAUUGGUAAUUUGUUGACAAGAAAGCAGAAUUAAAGUGAAAUAGAUCCGUGGAUCAGUGAUGUCGAGAAUGUUUAAUUGACCCAAUUGUCUUAUAUUUCAGGCCGGUUUCACUGAGCUGACAAGUUCAGUUCUCAUUCCCACUUUGGGUUAUGACAUUUGUGGGUCAUGGAAAUCUUUGAUACGCAAAAAAAAAAAAAAACAAAUCAAAAAUCAAGUUGCUGAAAUUGAAGGUUAGAAGGUCACUUCGAUUCUGUUGCAACCCAUUACCUCUGGGUGAUCUUUUGAUUGCAUUUUGCCUGCCAGCAUUAAAAGUUUUCUAGAGGUACCUGUUGAUGUCAGUGUGUGAAGAGUUACUACAGAGUUCAUUUGUAGUCUACGCAGGCCUUCUGUUUCAGUUAGGAGAGUUUGCUUAACUCAAGAUGGAUAUUAUCAGCCUGAUUGUGCGUGCUUGAAGUUUCAUAGUUAUGAGGGAUAGCCAAAUGUGAACGUGACUUUGCUAACGAAAGGAUACAAAUACAAUCGGAUGAAAUGUUUGCAGAGAUUACAUUGAAGUAUGUGACUUGGAUGUUCUCUUGGAGCAGUUUGCUAUGAUUUACCUUUCUUGUGUUUUCUUGCUUUUAGCCCAGGCUCUGUGUGUUUCAAACUCAGGAGUUAAGUAUAUCCUGUCAAGAGUUUUUGGAUAAAUGUCGGUGUUUGCCUCUAAAACGUUAGAACAGAAUCUUUGUUGUCAUUCACAUUUCUUUCUAUUUCAGUUUUGUGCUGAACUGCGAUCAGAGCAUCCUGUGUGAACAGACAUUUUUCUCUAAUUUAAAGUAAUACUCAGUAGAACCCAGGUUUUUGAUAUGUUUUCAGACUGAAGCAGAGAUGUGUUUGUUUUUUGUCGUUGAUUUUGUACAUGUGAAUAUAUAAAAGCUGGAAGAACGGCAGCAAGCUUUGUUUGGCCCAUUGCGUUAAAAGAAUCUGAGCGUUAUUUACACUGAAAUAUCAAAUUGGUUUUGACAUUUUGUAUUAAUCAGGUUUUGUUCCAGUCUCAUCAGCUGCUGUGGUGCAUCUGCUCACAUUGAAAACCUUUGGUGAUUUAGAGAGAAAGUUGAACAAAUUUUCAUACCAGGAAAUGUACAAAUUGGUACUUGUGUAAAUACAUAAAACCUUAUUUUAAGAUGGAAAAAGUAAUGCCCACCAACAUUUGGUUGAAGGGUAAGAAUACUGACUGUUAAUAUUAAAAAGCAAUGAUUGUAUUUCUGCCUAAACAGUUGGAGAUAGUAAAGUAGGACAGAUGUUGUUGCGGUUUGUUAAAAUAAAAAGAGGCAGCCCUCAAGCAUGACGGUAAUCUGUUACAGUCAUGCUUGCACAGUGUUAUAAGUGGUGAACCAUUGUGGCAUGUGAGUGUGAACACUAAACGCGCUGUAAGAUCAGACUGUGCGUACAAUUCGAAGUGCAGAUUCUAAAAAUGGGAGAAAUGGCAGUGAUUCACCAUUUGAGCUGAGAGCAGGUACAGGUGGGUUUUUUUUUUCUUUUCUAAAUGCAGUGCAGUGGCGUGUUGCUGAUGUGUAUAGCAUAGGGUUAUUGACUGAGUGGAUAUGAGGUGACAGUCUCAGUGCUGCAGGUGAACACGAGGGUUGGUUUGGAUUUAGUAAAGGCCGCUGAUUUUCCCGAGCAGCAGUGAGAAGGGCUGAUGACCUUUCCUUCUCCCUCUUCUGAUCUCACCAAAAUCACACACCUCAUUCUGACACUAGGAUUACUGGCUUUCUCUGCAUUCAUAUCACACCUAGACGACCCCACACUUAUGUAUCUAGAUGUAUUUUAACUGGGUUCAUUGUAUUUUACUCAUGUAAAACAGGCUACACGUGCAAGUGAUACUAAUGCACAUCUGACUCCACCUGUGUUUUAUAUGACUUACAGUAGUUGUUCCGUUCGUGAUUGUACCACACACUUAUCUUAUUUCUUACUCGCCACCUGAGUUGGUAGUGCUUUGUUGAGUUUAAGUGACACAUUGCCUCUCUAAAUUUCCACAUUAUUCCACCUUCUCCAUGUGAACUGUUAGUUGCAUGCCUUGUUGUUGCUGCUGCUCCAGCCACCUUCUUCCUCUCGCUGAUUAUUGCAGCUAGAGUGGGAGGGAGCCAAACUGAGCCCUUGCCCUGGACGUACGCCACACGCAGCUGUAGCGUGGGAUGGGGAAAACAGCAGCGUUAGGCCUGAAACUGCUGUGGACGAUGGGGUCUCCCCCCACUAAGGUAAACACUCAGACCACACACUCCUGCCCCUCCCCGAAAACACGCGUACACACUCACAGACACCCUCAUGCACGCAUACAGAUACGGCCAUAUCCAUACUUCCUACUCCUUACCUGUCUGCAGGGAGAUUUAUUUGUCAGGAUUUCAGAUUUUUGGAAAUGGAUCUCCUGUCCUUUUUUAACGGGAGAUGACCCUUUUUCCUGCUUUUGAUUCUCCCUACAUUUCUCCCUCAAGCAUUCUCUGCUCAUACAUUCCUGCUCCCAACAUACUGACCGCUCACACACAGCAGAUUUGGAGGACACGUAUACCAUCUCGUAGUCUAGAUCUGAACCCUUUCUGAAGCAGGCAUGUUGUGUUAGUGCAUCUCGUAUCUAACAGCCUGUCAUUCAAGAGUACCAGGCAAUCACAGCCAGAGCUGGACGUGGGACAUUUAGGUAGGAUGAGUUGUUUUAGUUUAUGUAAAUGCACCCCUGGGGCCACUUCAGGGUUAAGUGCCUUGCGUAAGAGCACAUCGGUAGGCCCUUCAUUUCAGCGUUGAAUAACCUGGCUCAGGAUCGGUUGCUGGUUCGACGCUCGACUCCCCUUCUCCCCUAAAACGAUUUUUGAUGCCACAUUCAACUUGUAUGAAUGACCAUGAACACAAAUAUUAUCAUUUUGUUUUAAAUUACAUUUUGUCCUCUGUUCUUUGAAAUGUUUAAUUAUCAAUAAAUGAAUUUGAACUGAA